AUGGCUUCACGAGACUCUCCGGGCUCUCCCCUGUCCUCCGUGGGCUCUAUUGAGGGAUCAGACCAUGAAGACAGUCGCGCGCACUCGCCCUCGAUGUCAAACAUGCCGCCCUCGAAACGGCGUCGCACCAAUCCUCCCUUGAUCAAUAGAGACCGACACACACCUCAAUCCUCAGUUUGUGAUGAGAACCACCCACCCCCAUCCCCGACAGCCUCAAUCUCCUCCGACAGCUCCGCCGACAUCCCCAACUCUCCUAGCCUCCUUGCUCUCCUAGGGACCAAUCAAGAAGAUGAUUAUAGUGGACAAAGCACCGACCAAGUCACCAUCUGCCGCUGGGACGGAUGCGCUGCUGGUGACCUCGGCAACAUGGAUGGGUUGGUGUCUCACCUCCACAAUGAGCACAUCGGGAGCCGACAGAAACGGUACUCCUGCGAGUGGACCGACUGUACUCGCAAAGGUCAAACACACGCCAGCGCCUACGCAUUACGCGCACACAUGAGAAGCCACACCCGCGAGAAACCCUUCUACUGCACUCUCCCAGAAUGUGACCGCAACUUCACCCGCUCCGAUGCCCUAACCAAGCACAUGCGCUCCGUCCACGAAACAGACACCAUGCGUCCCAACGACGCAAUCGCAAAAGUCGGCGCUCCCAGCACAACCGGCACACCAGCGUCCAAGCUGCAGCGCAUCCGCCUGAAGCUCACACAGCCCCGGGAGCCAGGCACAGAGCACGAACCACACCACGUCGAAGCACCAGUGAUCAUCCCACCACUAACGGAGCACGAGCUAGAAGAAAACUCCAUGCCGGAAUUUGGACCCGAGCUUGAUUUCGAUGAAUAUGAACUCGCUCUUCCCCCACGCGACCUGUACCGUCUACUUCGGCGCCAGAUUGCGUGGGCCGGGAAAGAAACUGCUCAAUUGCAGGCUGAGUGGGAGGUACUACGGCCACAGCGCGAGGCAGCAUGGCGCGAGAAAGAGGCCAUCUUUGAUGAUCUCAUUGAUGCCGAGAUUGGGCUUUUGAGUGCUAUGGUCGGCUCUGUCCCGCCUGCGCAUCUCACCACUAGUCUCGAGAAGUUGCAGAGACAGCAACAGCAGUUCCAGAGUCAGCAGGAGCAGCUUGCUAAGGCAGCCGAGGUUCCUCAUGUCGAGGGUGCUUAG